AUGCUGAAUGGCUUUUUCGGGGCAAAAAAAGGUCAUAUUGCAAUAGAAGGUUAUGUCAGAACAAUGUUUGAAGCAUUUAAAUUUGAAGAUGAAAACGAUCAAAGACCAUUUUAUCUAAAUACAUGCAGCUUUAAAACUACAGCUUCUACUUUGAUUGGCACUGGGCCAUCAGCAUUUGGAGUAAGUUCAGCUAGCUAUCUUAAUAGAGAUGGUAAUCAAGACAUAGUUGUGAGGGAUCAUCCAUAGUUAGAAUACUUAACCCAUAUUAAGGUUCUUGAUGAAAAUAAUCAGGUUGCUGCUCUAACAAUUAAAAUUGUAGGCAAAGACUCAUAUGCAGCUUCAUGGCUUAAUGAAUAUAGAGAUUAUUAGACAUUUGGUUGGGAAGAUCUUACUAUAUUUUGA